UGCAGACAUGAAUCAUCAUGUUAAGCUUUAGCGAACAUCGUGAUUAUCUGACUGCACAUGAUACUAAAAAAGCAAAACUAAUGCCAACAAUUGUAAAUUUUCAUUUUUCAUCGGAAGGAAGGUUAUUGCUGUGCAUGAAAGGCGCAAUGAAGAACUGUAGAUUCAUCUUCCUCAUUAUUUUUCUUCAAACAAAGAACUCAUACGGCCUCUCUUCUAGUGAUAUUGGUUGCGAAGACCUUCACACAGCAAGCUGUGCAGAAAACGAACUACCCGAGUCAGAUGUACUUGGUAUUAUUUCCUGGACUUGCCGAGGAAGAUUUGGAAUAAUAAGAUUAAACUGCACCGGUAUUGAAACAAAAAGAAGAAAUCAAGCUUCUCAAGCUUGCUGUGAUGUACAAAUAACUGAAAACGGUGGCAGAGAAGAAGUACAUCAGGGAGUUCCCUGCAUAUCGACCUUCACCCAUUGGGGAAACAGAUCACUAUCUGUUGAAUCAGUGGAUAAGUGGCGGUGUCAGUGGAAUGGUUUUCGUCUGGUGGUGGACAUUCAGGGACAUAUGCAGUUUCAAACUCGUUGCAACGGAAGUUCUACUCCGUUAACUACGCACGGUUGUGAUGGCAAAUUUUAUCAGAAGAAUAGGCAAAAGUUCUUUGAUCAGAUUUCAAGCUCGCUUCAACAGAAAGAGGAGACAAUAUCUACAGUAUUUUGUAGUCAAUCAAGGAAAUACUGGAGUAACUGCAGUUCUGAAUUCUACAGCGAAAUAAACUGGAAUUGCACAGGUCGUUCUCAAUACAUAUUCAUUAGUUGCAAAGGAUCUCAAGAAGGAAAUUCAACAUUACACCCAACCAGAAUGUGCUGUCAGGUUUCUUUUAAAAAGGAAAAUAGCAGUCUCACAGCAUCGUGCCUUGAAAUCUUUGGAGCGCGCAAUGUCUCUUCUAUGCAAACCAACAACAUUAAAAAAUGGCAUUGCGAGUGGGAAUGGUACGCCUUAAACAUCUCACAGCAAACUUUUGGUCCUGGAGAUAAAAGGAUGUUGGGGACAUAUUAUCGUUACACAGGAAGGCGUAACAAAACUCACCUCCAAACCUGCCAUAGUACCGAGAAAAUCACACAGACCACCAGAACAACCUCCUUGCCUCCUGUGACACAAAGUUCAACAGCAAGCACGUUUCCUUCAAGUAACAGAAGAAAUGCCUCGUCCACCAUUAUCGGCAAAGUGACGACUCUUGGUAAAAACCUUACUGAAUUCGUUCAUUAUGAAAGCUGGAAUUGUUCAGCUGAGAUGAUUGCAGAAUUACUUCCGAAAAUAGAGGACAGAGUCCAUUCCUUCCUUAGGGAGAUUCUUGACUCUCAGGCUGUGGAGCUACCUUCAUUUUUUAGCCGGAUAAUAGAACUUCACGGCGUCAUUGCCACAAGUGUCAAUAAAACAUUAAAAGUUCCUAGCACCGCUGGAGCAGGCCAGUCACAUGGUCUGUUAGUUUUACCGCCAGGAUCAAUUGAUAUCAAAAAUGAACGACUGGCCAUAAUAACAGUUGUACUCAAGUUUGCUUCACUGUGCAAUGAUAAAGAAGGUUUGGCAUUGGGCUCAUUGCCCGAAAAGAGAUCCUCUGUCUUGAAAUCUCCGAUAGUUUCUGUGUUGGGAAUGACCAAUAAAAGUAACGUACAUACUCUUCAAAAAAACGCCACCUUACGCUUUAGGAUCAAGAGGGAUAAUCAAUCAUCUGUUGGGUGCCGGUUUCUACGCAACAGUUCCGGCUCCAAACCUUUCUGGUCGGACAAGGGAAUGACUUUCAAGGAUAAUUAUGAAAAGAACUUCACUUCGUGUUUGACAAAUCACCUCACUAGUUUUGCUGUUCUUAUCAAUUACAACGACGAUCAGUCACAGUCGAAGCUUACAGAAGAAGAAUUCAAGGCACUGGACCUAAUCACGAAAAUUGGUUGUGGUUUUGCUAUUUCAUGUCUUCUUGGAGUCAUUGUUACUUUUUCCUGUGUCAGGACCUUAUCAGCAAUGCGAUACCGUAUUCAUAUCCAUCUCUGUGUCGCCCUUGUCGCUGCUCAGCUAAUAUUUGUCACUGGCAUUGACGCCACAGGAAUCAAGGAGGUCUGCAUUGCUGUAGCUGUUAUGCUUCAUUACUUUUUUACCGCAUCAUUUGUCUGGAUGUGUAUAGAGGCCGUCCACAUGUUCUUCAAAAUUGUCUCUGUAUUCAACAUUCAAAGAAUUCGUAUGAGACAUUAUGUGGCAUUAGGAUGGGGAGUACCAGCUGUGAUAGUUGCAGUAUCAGCGACCGUAUAUAAUGAAGGAUACGGCACAUCAAAAUUUUGUUGGUUAAGCCUUGAAGGAGACUUCAUUUGGGCAUUUCUCACUCCUGUUGUGGUGAUAGUAUUGAUAAAUGCUUUCGUUUUGGUUGCUAUAACGGCUGUUCGUAUCUCCCUCAAAGAUAAUCCAUUGACACCUCAUGAAAAUAGAAAGUUCAAUGCCGCUCUUAAAACCGUCGUAGUGUUGUUUCCUCUGCUUGGUUUGAGCUGGUUCUUUGGUUUCAUGUGGGUUUUGACAAGUAGCCGGCCGUUUCUGUACGCUUUUGUAAUACUCUCUUCUCUUCAGGGCGUCUUCAUUUUGUUAUUUCACUGCAUCGGAAACAGGGAGGUGCGCAGUUCGAUAAAACAAAUCAAAGACCGUCAUUCGUUGGAGUCAAGUAUUCGACAUGAACAAAAAUUCAGGGAAGGGCAGAGAAACGACAAAAGCUCAAAUGGAGCCAAUUACGCAGAGAGCAGAGUACUGUUAACAAAAGUCUCGGGACUAAAGAAAAGCAAAGAACAAGUUGAAAAGGCAACAGAUGUAUGAGAAAACAGCCAAGGGAAACUUUUAAACCUAAAUUUAUGUACAAAAACUCCGGGAACUGCCAAAGUCAGAAUGAAGUGAAUCGCCGGGGGUACCUCGGUAACAGCCACUAACCAGCCAGGAAGCAGUGACAAAACUUGCAAUCUUGAGGAAGGACUUAAUAAAGUCAAGGUGAUCAAACGAUUCCGAUAUUUAUGGGGCCAUUCCUCAUCUAGCUGUGGUCCUCUACUGUACGCUUCAUUUAUUAGGCCUUAACCUGUGUGAAUUUUUGCUACCUUUUAACAUUCAGCAGAACGCCAUCCGGCGCUACAUAGCUGAUCAUAUCUUCAUAAGAGUUUUGAUUGCAGAUGGAUUUCCCGUUAAAACAGUUGCACCUAAACGAAGAAAAUUAGACAACUUAAAUGGCCCAGUUAAACUCUGCGAAGGGCAUUAGAAUCUCUUGAUUAGUUUAAAUGAAUAUAACUUGUUACCUCACCUUACGAAACAGAAAAUCGAUUGAAGAGAGCAGCCCUGUUGAAAUUAAAUAAGAGAUUGCCUUGCUUUCAUUUCCACUGGUUUGUUAAAGAACCUCCACGCAUUACUGUUUUGAUGACCUUGAACUUCCUUUUGUUUUAAUUGAAGAUAACGCCAUAGGAGUUUACUUAGGGCCAGAAUUGGAAUCUAGUCCACUGGCGUAUGUCCUUAUUUACACCCGUCUUAACGAUGAUGCUCGAGAAACUAAACUGGGUUAAUUAAGAGUCACUACUGAGGUAUCAGAAUUUUAACUAUAUGACUGAGAUGUGGCAAUGAUACGAUACCUUUUAGUAUUUUUUGUUAGCGAUUCUUGCUACAGUAGUAGCUCAUGUUGUUACACAGGGUCCUGUAUAUUUGUCAAAUAUGUCACUGAGUCAUGGUGCUUCCAUUCUUUGGCUCGAUAGUUCGUUUUAAGGUUGGGAAUGUUCAAAUGUUUGGGGGACCAAACAUGCUAUGUUUGCACCCAAUCAAAUUUACAUUUCUGUUCUUAUUUCGAACGAUUCACCUUACCUUUUAUUAUCAAAAUGGUUUAAGAGCCGGGGUAACGGUUCUGGUUGAAACUGAAAAAGCUUGCUUGUGAUUGCCAAAUCACUUAUUGGCAUCAGAGCUUGGUAUUGCUGAGAAACUCUGCUGCACAUUACCCUUUUGGUAAAAUCAAUAUGUUCCCGCUUCAGAAGCAAAAGUUUAAGGUAAAUUUUCCAGUGUAAACGUAAUGCAAAAAAAUAAACAAAACUUAACAAA